ACGGCGUGAGACCGCCAACGGCGCCAGUGGCCAGCCGACGGCCUCGUGGACGUCGAAGCGACGAGCGUCUUCCGAAUAAGUCGUCGUCGUCAUCUUCGUCGCCGUGAAAGACCUCCCCGGGGGAAAAAAAAAAAAAAGGCAUCGACCGCGUUGCGGGUCAGGGUUGAGUUUUUUUUUUAUUCAACAAGUGCCAGACGACGACGCCGCGUCGGAUAUUGAUCCGUCGACGAGGAAGAGGAGGGGUGGGUGUGUGAGGUUCGUUGCGGUCUUCGACGCCCGGGUGCGCGUUUUGAAACUUUGGGAGGGGGGGUGUGUGUGGAUGAACGAUCGGUACCUGUGGCCACGUGGUUGACGAUGUCUCCACGUGUUUCGUGACCCCGAUUCGCAGGACUCUAGUGCAGGAAGAUGUCCUCCCCCAACGAGCUGUCGCUGAACUUCGACCCGGAGGCGGACGGUUCGGCGCCGACGAGGCCUGACCGUCGCGUCUCCCGCCCGCGGCUCAACAUCCCGGUCCUGAGGCUGUCCUCCGUCGCCGGAGGGAGUCCGGCGCCUCCGGGGUCGCCCGUCAUCACCAUCCCGCUGACCCCUGGCCCCGGCGGUCUACCCUCGGGUCACCCGGGCGCCGGCAUGCUCCAACUGUACCCCACCAAGGCCGGCGAGUUCAUGUUCAAGCGCUUCGAAGGCUUCCGCGACUUCACCAUGAACACGGCCAAGUCGGGGCUGAGCCACGGCGAGAAGACGGCCUUCUGGCUGUACAACAAGGUGCGCUCGUGGUCCAAGAAGUGGUUCACGCACAUCUUCCUGUUCCUGGUGGUGCUGACGUACAGCCUGGUCGGGGCCGUCAUCUUCAUCGCCGUCGAAGGCACCUCGGAGGAGGCGGAGCGCGCCGACGUGCGCCAAGAGCGCUCGGACAUGCUGCAGGACGUGCGGAAGCUCGCGUUCGACCCGCAGUACGCCGACGCGGAGGAGUGGGAGGGCGCGGCGACGAGGCGCGUGCGCGAGUUCGAGGACCGGCUGCACGAGGCCUUCAAGCACGGCCACGUCGUCAACGACACCAAGGUGUGGAGCUUCUGGAACGCCGUCUUCUACUGCGGCACCAUCUACACCACCAUCGGAGCCGUGCAGGUGGGAAUCUCUAACGAAGUGCGCUCUUUUGAAGGGUGCAAGGCAGAAACACAAAGACGUCAACCUAUUUUGAUAGGUUUUAACGCCGUAACAAUCAUCAAUAGCUCGAUUUACAAAAUUUAGCGAUUUUAAAACGUACCUAUUUUUGUAAUUUUAAGGAAUGCCUGUCGUUAGUAGGGAAAGGCAGCUACAAAAAUAGUUUAUCCUGUGAAAUCAUCGGCCUUUAGUAUUUAUUGCCAUUUUUUAUGACUAAAUUUUCAAUAAUAAACAGACCUUUUGUAAAUGUCGCUAAGUGGUGUCUAUGCUAAAACCAUGUUUUUUUUUUAAUUUUUAAAGGCCAAAAAUUAAUGUUGAAAAUUAUAUCUUCCCCUUAAUAACCCCCUUAAUAACCGGGCACACAGAGAGAUUCAGAAUAAGGGGAAAAAAUACGCAAUUUUAAAACUGCUCAAGAUAUCAGAUUGGUUUGUUAUUUAUAAUAAUCUAAUAAGGGUGGAUAAAUAGUUCUGCUUUUAUUAUUUAUUUUCCGAACAGUAUUUUCAGGAGAGUAAAAAAUUGCUUUUGAAACGCGUGUUUUCGGAAUAGCUUCUUCAAAGCACUCGGCAAGCUUGCAUUAGUAAACGUUCAUCUUCUUUUCUCCUCCGUACGAUGUCAGUGUAACCGUCCAAACUCCCAAAGUUGCCUUACACACGACGAGAAACCUUGCUCUUAGAGGCGAUGCCGCGCUAGAAAGCAAUAGCGGGCGUCGCACUUACCAUCCCCGAACACUCUUUUUUUUUUAAAGUCCCGAUAACGACGUGUUAGGACGCGUGCUAGAGCCCGAGUGGGCGUAUUGUCACGCGCUUUGCUGCGGUUCCCUUCGAGCGAGACGAGCGAAAAUGCCGGAAAAGUGGGGGAGGGGGUGUGGGGAUGGAAAGGGGGUAGGUAGGGGGGAAGAAACUGCCGGCAGUAAACAAGGAGACGCUCCGCUAGCGUCCCGACGCUCGUAAAAGCCGGAUCGUAUCUGCCGACGGUAACAGCUGUAUCAGGGGUGUCCGAGAAGGAUAUGUGGUGAGGAGGCUGGGUUUUGCCGUUAACCGAAUUUCCAGUUUCUCAUCCUUCAACCCUUCUCUCACUAGGCAGUCCCACACGCCACACGCUAGCCAAUCAGAAAACAUAAAAAAAAAAAAAA